CUUGAGGUCUCGUUGAAGUGAGUCUGGUCAGUGGACUGUUGUUUAUUUUUAACGUAAAUUUUACGGAAAGUCAAUAGUCUACACGUCAGUUAGAAUGUAGUAAAAUACUUAAUCCAAUCCGACUUUAAGCACCUUCGGGACUCAUGAAAGUGAACGAUAACUGAACAGCUACAUGUUCAAAGUAACGUGGUUGUGAAAACGGGCUCAUUGGCCACCGAGAAACGUGUGGCAGGACGUCACUGAUCCGUAAGCACCGACUUGUGGAAAAUGGGCAAAAACAAACGCGGGAGGGGAAGAGGUCAACCCCGGCAGGGGAUGCGUCCUCCUGGACCCCAUCCGUGUGAAGAGUGCUGGUCCAGGCCUCCUCCUCCCGGCGGGUUUCACGGACCCGCUUCAGUCCGCCCUAUGGGUCCACAUGGGCAAAGGUUUCCCGUGCCUCCAAACGACUUCGGACCGAAACCCAGAAUGAUGAUGAACAACAUGGGAUGCGAUAGACGUUUUAUGGACGAUGAACCGUUUCACGGGAUGAAUUUCCAAGACAGACCCGGAUUCUUCCCAUUUGAAAACCGCGGUGACCCUCGUUUUCCUCAUCACCCGGGGUUUGACGAAAGACCGCCACCGCAACGCUUUCACUCAUCAGAUUGCGGACCGCGGUAUUAUCAUCCGGAUUUUGACGAUCUACCUCCAGACUUUUAUUCCACACCAUCGAACUCAUACCCUUCUGACCCUUCUGGGUUUAAAGACAGACCGGGUUUAUCUAUGGUGAACCCCGAAUAUGAACCAAUGGAGUGUUACCGUCCAAGAGACCCAAAUUAUACACCGCCGAUGGAUGCACAUGGCAACCCUGCAUUUAGAGAGAGAGGAGGGUUUGCUGGAUCACCACAAGAUUUCCAAGGCCCAGGUUCAGUACCACCACAACCCCAGACAUUUAAGGCCCCUGGCAUCCUGCCCCCCAGAAAACCUUGUCCACCACAACCGCAGAAGAAAAAAGAACCGGCAAAACCUGAAGAGAUUAAAACCGAGCCUUCUAAGACAGUGGCAUCCAAGAUGUCAACAUUCCAGAAUAUCAUAGCAACUCCACCUCGUGGACGCUCAUUGGGAGUCAUUACAUUUGUUGGUAAUAGUUGUGGUUUCAUCGAACGUGACGAUCUGAGGAAAUUUUCUUUCGCUUUCAAUGCCUUUUACGGAAUCCAAGCUCAUCUGGUGCCUGGGGUUAAAGUGCAUUUUACCGUAGUAAAGACUAUGGGAAAAGAAGUGGCGACUGAUGUGAAAGUGGCCCCAGGAGGAACGGAGGACAUUGAGAGUACCUUGUAUGAAGGUGUUGUUAUUGGAACACUUACUGAUGACAACACAAAGGAGCCUUAUCCAGGCCGCGUCCGAGCUAUUAUCUCUGUGGAUCCCAUUAAACUGGCUUUUGGGAAGACAGACACCAGUGUGACUCUUCUGAUGUAUGAUCGUGUGGAGUUUCACCUGAUGUCUAAUGUUCUUACUAAGGAACAAAGAGCCACACACAUCAAACCAAAAUUUCCAGACACUUUUGAGCUCACUAAGGAAAUCAGGGAGAAGGGUGUGAUUGUGGAAAAGUCUAAUGGAACACUGACCAUUAAAUCAGAGAAACACGAUAAUCUGACAGCCUCUGCUGCCGACCGCUUGUCUGAAAAUGAACUGAAUGUGAAUGAUGAAUUGGAGUUCACAGUUAUGUCUGGCAAUGACACAAAGAAGGCCAUCCGACUGAAAAAGCUUUCAGAGGAAACUCUUAAUCAGGACAAAGCGAAUGAAGAUGUAUCUGAGAAAAACACCGCUGUAGCUUCUUCUGCCAAAGAUAGGUGGAAGCCGGUGACCUUGGAGGCUGGCUGUCAGGAGUUGGUUGUCUCCAGUGAAAAACACGAGGGAACCAUUCUCAAAACCGCCUCAAAGAAUUCACAAACACCGGAAAAGGAGACGGACAAACAGGAGCCUCCUCUGGGUCUUCUGGUUUCUUCGUUGGAGGGUACAGACAAAAAGUUGUCUUUCAGAUCAGCUGACGUGAUCACAAAAGCCACCAUGAUGGUCGGUGACAAGGUCCAGUUCAACAUUUCCACCAAUAGCGUGACUAAAGAAGAGAGUGCUGUCAACUUGGUCAUUCUUCCCGAGAGCUACCAGACCGACUCUGAAGAGCAACGAAAGAAUGGUCACGUUAUCAAGCUGGAUGAUAAUUCUGGCUUUAUCAAGACACAACAGGCCCCAAAAAUAUUUUUCAACAUGAGUGAGGUCUUGGAAGAAACCAAGCUCACUUUUUUCGAGAAGGUUGAAUAUACAGUAGCACCGAAUGAAGGAGCUGCCGGUGGAAGUCAAGCUAUUAGAAUAAGACGACUGAAUGAGGGCAUCUUCACCUCUGCAUCAAAGCCAGAGACCGUUGGGGUUAAAGAGAAGCAGAAGAAAUUGACCAUCAAAUUGCUUCAGGAUUCAGUGGACAAAAUCGAAGAAGAGGUUAAAACAGAAGGAAGUGACUCGAAUACUGCGGCCAAACCAAACACGGGAACAAACAAGAAGAAACCAUCUACGACAUCGACAGGGGAACUGAAUAAGGAAUUUGAAAUCAAACAAGAAAAAGCGAAAAAAGACACCAGAUCACAAAGUAGAGACAAGGAUGCUAGUCACCGCAGGUGUAGUCGCAGCAGAAGCAGAGAAAGCGAUCGGCGCAGGCGGAGUCGCAGCGGAAGCCGCAGCCGGGACAGAUUUGGCAGAGUUCACAGGAGUUCCAGCCGUGAGAGGAGGGACAGCAGAUACCGACGCAGUCGGAGCAGAGAACGCUCGGAGAGACACCGGUGCAGUCGAAGCAGAGAGAAGAGUAGCCGAAGUGCCAGGAAAAGAAGCUACAGCCCAGAUUACAGAGAUGAUCGCUUUAAAAAACAUAGCAGCAGUAAAGAUGCCAAUGUCAGCAACAGGAAAAGAAACAAAAGCCCUGAGGAAGAUGUAGACAAUGAAAUAUCGAAGAAAAGGAAAGAGCUGAUGGAGCUCAAUGAGAUGAUUGCCCGUAAGAAAGCAAUUGUCGCUAUGGAGCAAAACGCUAAAAGAUUUGAGGUCGAGGGAGAAGGACAACAUGGAGUUAAAACCUUUGAUUACCAACAUUGUGAGAACCUGUGGAUGCCUGAAGCAAAACCAGUUAAGUCCAUUUUGAAGAAACAAUCUGAGCUUCACAGCGAUCUUCUUCAGAAGGUUUCUGCAAGUGAGGAUACUUCUCCUAUCAUAAAAAGCGCUGGUAUCCCAUUCCCGUCUUUAGACUCACAAAGGACAACACUGUGUGACUCUACACUGGAAGAUGAGCCUCAGAAGACUUUGACUGCUUCAGGUUCUAAGAAGAUACCUUUACCUCAUAUCCAUGAUCCAGAACUGGAGAGAAAAAAGAAGCAGUUAGAUGAACUCAGUGAGUCCAUAGCACGCAAAAGAGCAAUAAUUGCCUUGGAACAGAAAAGCAGAGGUGUUCAGGACGUUUCUGCGAUGAAAAGGGAAUUUAAGAUGAACCCUGACUCGGAACAGUCUGUGCUACCCAAAAAGAACUUAUGGAGCGCUGAGAUCAAACCCAACAUUCAACCGAAAAAGUCCAUUCUGAAGAAACGCACAGAGCUUCUCAGUUUUCAGAGUGACACAACCUCAGUUGAUAAUUAUGAUCAAGUCAAGCCAAGUCAGGAUGAUUCUCUUUUUACAAAACCAUCUUUUCAAUCAACGGCAGCCUCUCCAUUCGUCAAGUCCUCGAAUUCGCAACCUGUUCGUUCUGAUACUUUAGGCUUAUUCAACAAAUUCAUAAAUGAAUCACAACCCUCCCUGUUUAACAAGCCUGCCAUUGUCCCAAAGUCACUUGCGCAAGCAUCCAAUCUAAGAUCUUUACAUGACCAGAACCCUCUCGGUAUGUCUAAAGCAACCGGUUCUCAAGAGGUCCAGCACAGGGUCAUCUCUUCUCAACCUCAUAGCGAAAGCCCUUCUACAAGUCCGACCUCACCCUCCGAUCAACAGCGCACCGUUCCGACACAAAUGGAGCGCUUUCUAAGCGCUCUAAACAAGGCGGACUCCAGCCUUGUAAGCUCAUUGAUUAAAGACGCUAGAAAGGAUUUGCCUGUAGUAUGCAAACCAAAGCCCCCUCAGCAGCACUUGGAUAGAAACAUACCCUUCAUGGAUGAUAUUUACGAUCCUUUUCAAGACGUCGACGAUGACAAUGAUGAGCCCUUCCCUGAAGUAAGAGACACGGGUAGACAUUCCAUCCAAAAACUGGGCAAAAGCCUUGUGGAAGCAGAAGACCCCAACCAAGAUGACCUCUUGCCUCACGAACGAGCCAUACAGGAUGGUAGUGGCUUUUCUCAGCUUGUUGGAACUAAAUAUGGUGUACAAGCCUCCGCAAAAGCUGAGCGGAAGCUUCCCUAUGGUCAUCAAACGGCUCCGGAUAAUUGGUCCACACAUCAAGCAGAACCUGAUUGGUAUGAACAAUGGAAAGCAUACACUGAGGAUAAAAAUCUGUAUUCGCCUAAACAAAAGGCGUAUGCUGAUAAACAAGAUCUCUACAGAGAAAGAAGUCAGUCCGUAGAAUACCAGAGCAUCAGUCCAAGUGUCCAGCAUUCUUACGUAAAAGAAAUGACUGAUAGCGCGUUUGAGAAAAGCGUAGCAUGCCAGCAGUCCGAAGAAAACAACGAGGAUAAGAAAGAGGAUCAGUUUGAAAAGAUUCAAAGUCUUCUUCAAACAAUUGGUUUUCAUUUAGACACAGGGGAGGUUAGCAAGUUGACAGACAGGACAAGAGAGCGGUUGUACGGCAAGGCUGCGAAACCUCAUAGCGCGCCGUCUUCUGACAGAAAUCGAGAGUUGUCCGUGAGUCGAUCCGAGCGUGGGGGGAGUAGCAGGGCAGAUUCUUCCGACGUAGAAGGCUUCCGAUCAGUUUCUCCGGCUCAGUCGUCUAAUCGUAAGGUUUACAUGAGCUACAAGGACUCUGUUAAAAACAAAGACCAACUUAAAGUGGAAGAUGUAGACCUGACCAGCAUUAAACGGACCAUAUUGAACUUGAAGUCGGAAGAUGAUACGCCUGAUCCCGUCACGCCGUCAGCCGAGCAGACAAUGGUUUCUCCAACUACUUAUCAACCGGCAGCUGAAGCCGAAGCCCAGUAUCCUCAAAACACCAAUGUUCAAGCCUUUCAGCCGUCACAAUAUUCUUACUACAGUAACGAACACAAUCUGUGGAGUUGUGCUUAUUCUCAGUAUGCUUCAUAUGGCACGUAUGGCGCUAUGCCCCCGCCACCUUUUCCUAGUUUUCAUAUGCCUCCGAAUAUGAUGCCUGGUUAUAGCUCAUAUGCACCGCAAUCGGUCAAUCCAUAUCUUGUGGCUCCUCCGCACUUGCCAGUUCCCUUUGCGCCCUCCAACAACAUUAUCAUCUCCCCUGUAGAGACCAAAAAAGCCCAGCCGUCGGUUAGGUGCCUCAAAACCAUACAAACUGUUAACAUGACAGCUGCCACAGACGUGAAGCCUGAUGCAGAUGUGUCCGCUGACACACAUCCUGCAAGUGAACACCCAAUGCAGACUCUUUCGAAGCUGGGUGAACACUUGGUGUACGAAGCUGGGAAAGCACAGCAGGUGGCUACCAUAACAGAGGAACAGAAGAAACGGCUUGAGCAGUUUAACCAGAGAAUGAAGCUGAAGAAAGAGAAGCAACUGGAAGCCCAGCGAUCACGUGGACAAAAACAGAAUUCAACUACAGGUAAAAGUACCCCCAGUGAGAAAAAGAAUGUGUGGAUAUGUGGCCACUCUCUGGUGUUUUGGGCUGAGAAGAGGGCAAAUUCACUGGAGUUCGGCGGCCAGUUGGGCAUGCACCCCAACAGCACCCGCAUCUGGUGGAAGGGCGUGCAGGGCCUGACGAGGCAACAGCUUCUGCCUUUGCUGCUUGAACUUAGAGACAGCUGGCCCAAACCCGACGUCCUCAUAGUCCACUUGGGCGGAAAUGACAUCAGCACAACUCCUCCAGACCUUUUCAUUUGUUAUGUGAAGAAAGAUCUCGCCUCACUCAAGAACAUAUUCCCUGGAUGCCUGCUGGUGUGGUCUGACAUCCUGUCACGGCAGUUCUGGAGGGACGUAGAAGACAGCAGGGAAAGGGAUAUCAUUCGCAUGGGCAUUAAUGACAGCAUACAUAACGUUAUGACUAAACUUGGUGGCACCUUUGUGACCCAUGACAAUAUAAGUCCCAGUUCUGGACUUUAUAGACCAGAUGGUGUACACCUGUCUGGGAAGGGCAUCGACACGUUCAAUCUGAACUUGCAAGAGUUUCUGGAGAAGUGGGAGAGUGAGAUUGAGGUGAAGGAAAAGUCACUAAGGGUAGCGCUUCAUGAAAAAAAAGCUUUUGUUUCGUAAUGCAUUUCAAGUUUUCUCUUGUAUAUUGAGUUCUUUUAUACGUGUAUGUGCUGUUGUAGAUUGUAAAAACAGCCUAUAUACAUUGAAAUGUAAUCACACUUUCAAUGCAUGCAAAGAUUUUGAAUGAUUUAGCUUCUGUUUUUUACAUGUUCUUUUUAUACAUUCUCUUUAAUGUCAAAUAAAUAAAAAAUGUGAUCACCUUACUGGAAAGUAUAGUGCCUUUUAAUAAAAAAAACAUGUAUAAUACAUACA